GAAGGCUCGAAAAAGAGAAGAAAAAGAGAAAGAGCUCACCCUCUAAAAGCAAACAAACGAAUCCGCAACAAAACCCAAAAUUUUGCACAAUCUCGUUUUUUUCAUUCCCCUCUCCGUCUCUCCGUCUCUCUCCCUUUCUCUCACCCACAAACAUUUGAAAUAACCUUUUCUGUGUUCAUUUGUCCACUAGCAAUAGUAUCACCACACACCACCAUCAUCGUUCAUUCGUUUCAGCAAAGCUAUCAUGUGCAACCCGAACCCAUCUUCGCUUGACUUCCCUGAGAAGACCCUACUCAACAAGAACCCCGAUAAGACCACCAUGGACCUCCAAGAUGACCUCCACAGAUGGCCUACGCCUUCCGAGGCUUUGGAGGAGAUUAAGGCCAUAGGGAAGAUAUCCGGGCCGACGGUGGUCACCGGCCUGCUCCUGUACUCGAGGGCCAUGAUCUCGAUGCUCUUCCUCGGGCGCCUCGGCGAGCUCGAGCUCGCGGGUGGGUCCCUCGCCAUCGGGUUCGCCAACAUCACUGGCUACUCCGUGAUCUCCGGCCUUGCGAUGGGGAUGGAGCCCAUCUGCGGGCAGGCUUACGGCGCGCGGCAGUUCAAGAUGCUUGGCCUCACGCUGCAGCGCACCGUCCUCCUCCUCCUCUCGGCCUCCAUCCCGAUAACCUUCAUGUGGGCCAACAUGAAGGAGAUCCUCUUGUGGUGUGGCCAAGACGAGGAGAUAUCAUCCACAGCUCACACAUUCAUCCUCUUCUCAAUGCCUGACCUGUUUUUCCUCUCUCUGCUUCACCCACUGAGGAUUUAUUUGAGGACUCAGAACAUCACAUUGCCUCUGACCUAUUGCUCAGCUGUUUCGGUCCUCCUUCAUGUCCCUCUCAAUUUCCUCUUGGUGGUCCACUUCAAGAUGGGCAUUGCUGGUGUUGCUAUAGCCAUGGUCUGGACUAAUCUCAACCUCUUCGUCUUGCUCUCGGCCUACGUCUACUUCUCGCGCGUGUACAAAGACUCUUGGGUCGCCCCAAGUGCGGACUGCCUCCGGGGGUGGUCCUCCCUGCUCGCCCUUGCCGUGCCGACCUGCGUCUCAGUGUGCCUCGAGUGGUGGUGGUACGAGCUCAUGAUCGUGUUGUGUGGCCUGCUCGCGAGCCCCCGUGCCACCGUGGCUUCCAUGGGGAUCCUCAUCCAGACCACCUCGCUGGUCUAUGUGUUCCCCUCGGCUCUCAGUCUCGGGGUCUCGACCCGGGUGGGGAACGAGCUCGGCGCGAGGCGGCCCUCCCAGGCCCGGAUUUCCUCCAUCAUCGCGCUGGUCUGCGCAGCGGGGCUCGGCCUCGGGGCGAUGCUGUUCACCACCCUGGUGCGGCACCAGUGGGGGCGGCUCUUCACGGGGGACGCUGAGAUACUGGAGCUGACAGCAGCGGCACUGCCGAUCGCAGGGCUCUGCGAGCUCGGGAACUGCCCGCAGACCACGGGAUGUGGCGUCUUGAGGGGGAGCGCUAGGCCCACGAUUGGCGCCAACAUCAACUUGGGCUCAUUCUACCUCAUCGGCAUGCCGGUGGCGAUCGUGAUGGGGUUCGUGGCCAAAGUGGGCUUUGCAGGGUUGUGGCUUGGCUUGUUGGCUGCUCAGGCUUCAUGUGCAUUGCUCAUGCUCUAUGUUCUCUGCACAACUGAUUGGGCGGUUCAAGUGGAGAGAGCCAAAGAGCUCACUCAACCUCCUCCCUCUUCUUCCUCUUCUUCAUUGCCAAUCUCAUCCAAAGGGUCAUCAGCUGAUUCUGCUCCUGUCUCUGUCGUCAUGAACCAAAAGGAAGCAAGCAGCAAUAAGAAGAGGGCUAAUCUUGAAGAGAUACUUUGUGUCAACGAGGGUGGUGAUGAUGAUGGGCAUAUUGUGAACUCAGCUUCAUCACAUGAGACAGACCCUCUGUUAUCCACUCCAAACACAGUGCACUGAUGGUGAUUCGCAUGUUAACCAUUAUUCCCUCCAUUUUUGCAGAUAUCGGUCCUCUCCUCCUGAGUGGUUGUUGUGUAAAAAGAACCAAAAAAACCCAAAAAAAAGAAGAUUAGAUUCUCAUUGAUCAUCCCACUUAGUGCUAUUGUAGAAAGUUCCUUUCCCCCUUCGUUUUUUUCUCUCUUUUGUUUUGGGUUGUGCCUAUUUUUAUUGACUUUCUUUUUCCCCCA